GUAUUCGAAUGCAUUUGACGAUUUGAAUUGUCAAAUUAGUACGCGUCUGACGUCUGAUACCCAUAACUCGGCGCCAAUUUCGCAACGUCAAACCAAUUGAUCAGUGUAAAUUCAAGUAUCACAGCGGCUAGAGCUAAUUUAAGGAUAAUUGUUGAAAUUUCUGCAAAGAAUUCGUUGAUUAAAAACUGAUUGGUUCAAGUCAUAUAGUAAAUUUCAAGGAGAUUUAUCGAUUUGCAAUACGUGAAUACCGAAAAAGUGCGAUGACUUCGACGGAGAAAGUACACGACGCAUUUUGCUGGCAUUGCCAUACCGCGGGCACCACAUUGAAGUGUUCCAGUUGUAUUCGAUCAUUCCACGCCAAGUGCAAAACACAAAACGAGACCGAUGCCACAAAAGAUGAGAGCUGGAUUUGUUCCGUAUGCACCCGGAUUCAAAUGGAUCGAAACAUGGUUGACAUACAAGAGGAACGAGAGACAUUGCCAAUACUGAUAAACCGAGUUUGGAAUGUAAAAAAGUUCACGUUGCUUAAUCGUUUGAAAAAGUCUGAUUCCAUCGUCAAUCCGAUCGAUUUGACGAAAAUCAAAGCGAAGGCCCACUCUUACAGCAGCUUAUACGAACUGUACACCUAUGUUCAGUGGAUGGUGCACAACUGCGUUAUUUUAUAUCCAGAAAUUCAUGCAAAGGCAGCCGCAGCCAAAAAUCUGCUGAAACUCAUCGCUGAAGAAAUGGCUUUAAUCAAACAGUGUACUGAAUGCUAUACGCAUGUGACCAAACAUCCAAACUGUUGGUUUUCGAUGGUGUGCUCUAAACCACAUAUUCUUGUGUGGGCUAAGGUUAAGGGUUCCAUUUAUUUGCCCGCAAAGGUUAUGUCUGUUUCUGAGAAAAUGGUUACGGUUCGAUUCUUUGACGACUACACGCAUGCCAACAUCUCCGCAAACAAGUGCUAUCUGUACUCGGAGAUAAAUCCGAAAGCCAAACAAUACAAAUUGUCUUCAUACCACGAUGCGUUAAAUAAAGCAAGAUCGUACAUCGAGAACAUUCGCAAAAAGUACGGCACGUUCCAAUAUGCUCAAGCAAAAACUCCGUUCGUUCCAAAAGCAUUGAAGCAGCACAUCGAGCAAAUGAUUCCAGGAAUCAAUGGGCAUCACGACAAGGAAUCGCAGAUUGUGGAAGUGGAAAGGGAGACUACUAAAGAGACAAACGGCGUGGAUGUAAAAGGUAAUAGUAUUACGGUGGAUACAGGCGAGAAGGAUGUGGGUGUAGGACAAUCCAACGAAUCGUCACACCAGUCCAUUAUACGUAAAGAACUGUCCAAUGUUUUGAGAGAGAGCAACAGCUCAAAGCGAAACCAUGUGUCCAACGAGGUGAAUGACGAGCCAUCGUCGAAGAGAGUUCGAUUCUGCGAUGAAUACGGUGAUGAUCUUUGUCAAGUGCAAGUCUUCGAGCCAGCGGAAUAUGAACUCGAGGCAGAAGAGAUCGGUGUUUUAGCCAAUGGAACAGAGGAAACAGAAAAGACCGAAGAAACAGAAAUCGAGCAAACUGAAACGGAAGACAUUUCUUCAGAAUCGAUGGCGUUACCUGAAUCCAAUCAAGCAGAAAUAUCCAAUAUCCCCGAGGAACCAUUGGAUUAUUCACAGAAUGCCGAAGCUGCACACAUUGCUGAAGCUGAUGAAAAUGCUCAAUACAUUGACACCUUGGAAAAUUCCCAGAACGUUGAAACGCCACAAAAUCAGCAACGCGUCGAAUCGGGAGACGAAUACGUUGAUAUUGAGGACUUGUCAGCUUUGGAACAGAGGGCUCAUAACACACUUAUACAGAACAUGAAGGGCAUUCAAGGAGACUUGUUGAACUCGAUUCGCAUGAGCCAACUGAGAUCAAAAGCAUUGAAUGGCCUUUUGAUGAGGACCAAAGAUGCACAUGCCAAGGAAGUAGCUGCUCUUCAAGCGCGUUUGGAACGUUCGAAAGAGGCUUUGUCUGAAUGUGAUCAAAUCAGAAACGGUCAUCUGAAAGAAGUUGCUUUGCUCAAGGAAUCGCACGACCAAGCAAAAUUGGAGAUUCAAGUGAUGAGUGACGAAAUUCGAGUGAAGAAUAACGAGAUUAAGGAGCUGAAGAAACAAUUGGUUGAAAUGGAGCGCAGCAUUGAAGGCAUUUAUGAAGAAAAUGCCAAUAGCGAGAAGCAAUGCAAUCAAAAAUACCUCGAAAUAAUCGAAAAAAUGCGAAAAGAAUCCGAUCGAAAGCUGAGUGAACGGUUACGGUGCAAAGGAUGCGACAAGGAGCUUGCUUUCUGCGGUCCACUUUGUGCGAAAAUUUGGAAUGCCUUGCAAAACCCAAAGCCGAGAGGAGAUUAAGAUCCGAUAAAAGAGUAAGAAAGGCGACAAAACUUCAAAAUUUUACAUCACGAUCGCGAUCGUUCAUCAAUGGCAUAAAAUGCUUGAAUCGAAAUAUAUUUUCUUUGUAAGAAAAUUACGAAAUUUUUGUUCAAAAUUUCAGAUUUCCAUUUGUUCAUCUUUUUAAAAAAUCAAUUCAAUAAAAUUCAUUAAAUUUAAAAAAAA